GACAUGGUCAUACUGCUUGGGCUUGUACGGGAAAGUAUCCUGCAAGGCUUGCUGGCUCUUUUGUUGCCUGAGGAUGCAGUUUGCAAGUGCUGGCAAAAGCGUGCAACUGGAAAGUGCUCGAACAGGAGGGGCAGCGUGAUUUCUAUCUUUCGACUUCGAGGGUUUAAUCUACAAGACGCAAGUACCGCAUCUGAAGGACCUCAAAAUUCACCGCAUAUGGAAUGGCUUUAAGAUGCAGAUAAAGAGGCUGGAACAUCAAGACGUCUUAGAUUGCAAGGUCUUCCGCUUACCAAAAGGGAAUUCACACGUACUGAGUAGCCUCAAGUACAUUAAAGGCGCCAUGAAAAUCCAUACAUUUCACGACUAAAAGCAUCUGUUGAUUUGACGAAGCCUUCAAAAAGUGGAGAUGAAAGAUGCCGAGUGGCUGCCAACAGUUUGUUUCUGAGCACGAUUCCCGUCUAUUUCAAGAUCGUGCCCUGUGUCGCAAAGUUUAGAGGGCACAGCAGUUCGUGAGUGUGAUUUGAAAAGCUCUGUAGGAGAAAGUAGCGCUUUGAAAAUACUGACGCCCGACUUCCAAGUAAAAAUCCACAACCUGAGGAACUUACAUGCUAAUUUAAAAAUCCAAAGCC